AUGGCAGGGCCUCUUCAGAUCGGGGACAUUGUUAAUCUGAGUAAAGUUUGUUGGGACGUCUACAGAUUUGGAUGGGACAACGACUACAACGCAACCAAGCAAUAUGAGGAGUUCGGCCGCGACGUCAGGGGACUGGCUGAGAGCCUCGAUAUUCUCACCCGAGUGGUGAGCCAGGCAGAGCAGUCUCUCCGCAGAGAUGUGUCGUACAAGUCACUGCGAUGGGACCCGUCGUCCCUGGGGGAAAUUAUCGGAGACUACCAGGGAACCCUCAGAGAAUGCAUCGAGUUGAUCGACAACAAUAAUCGUUAUCGCCUGAAUAGUGGUCCUCUCCGAAAUAUCGAGUGGAAUGUGUUGGUUGCGCCAGCCGCGGACCGCCUACGGGCAAGAAUCGCCCUGCAUAACUCCAAGGUUCUUCACGUCCUGAAGCCGUUCGAAAUCGAUCUGCUGUGUCGUGUGGCCCUAGAUCAGCAAGCCCAACAACAGGAGCAAAGUCUUGACAUCCCACUAUUGGUAAAAGAUGGGUUGCUCAAGGCUUGGGAGAGUCGAUCCCCAGACGAGCCGGCCCCCGGUCUGAAAGAGAUCACGGACGCCUUCGUCGUUCAUUUCGACCAUUCUACCGUUAACUUCACGCCGGCUGGUAUUCUGGUUGAGAAUAAGAUCCCACGCCUGGAACAGUACCUGAGCCUUUUGAAGUGCGUAUGGUUGAAGGAGCGGAUUGACGAGUCGCCUGAGCUCAAACAGGCCGUCCCUGGGGUGUCGCAUUGGCCAUCAUAUGUCCAAGAACUCGAGGACUGCCUUUCAACGCAAUGCGGCCGGUUCAAGCACGAUUUGGUCAAGCCAAGCCUUGCGGGAUUGACGUCUGACAUGCUCGAUAUCUGGCCUGAGAAGGAACUGCCUCAGCUUGUCGAUGUGGUGACGAAGGAUGUCCUGAUGGAACAAGUCCUUGACAUGUAA